GGCCUAUGACUUCGAUUUCCAACAAAAUCGCGUUUUAAAAAAGGAAAUGACCAUCCUCCCAGGGGACAGCCUAAUGAUGGAAUGUGUUUAUGAUUCUACUAAAAUUAAAACUCCCUCUUACGGUGGGCUUUCAACAGAAGAAGAAAUGUGUUUAGCUUUCCUGGCAUUUUAUCCACGAAUGGAGUUUGCCUUCUGUGGAUCGCAGCUUCCCAUAAAAAGCAUCUAUGAAAGCGUUGGUUUUGAAGAAAUCUACAGCUGGGAAGACAUGAGACCACCCAAAAAACAGGAAGGAGAAAGAGCAGAAAACUUGAAGCCUCCCAACAAAACUUCCAAAUACGAAGUUUUCAAGGCCUGGCACAGCUUCAAAAUGGUGAAAGCGAAGUCGCCCAAAAAAUAUGAAGGAAUGACCCUAUAUGAUGUAUUUAAUAACGAAUCGUUGUGGUUCGACAAUGAGUGGGUAGGCCAGUUUCAGGAAAUGGCAGCUUACGGCAAACACGAAGUGAUCUGUGCAAGAGGCUUAAAGGAUUUUAUGAAGCAUGGCAACCACACACCAUCCAUGACUGAUUACCCAGACUUCAUUCCUUUCGAAGAGGAUAAUCCAGUAUGCAGUUCCCAGUGAUGAUUAUUCAGGUAAUCAACAGGUUCUUGAAAAUUAAGUAAAUGGACAGUAUACGCUAUUCAUAACUGAAAUCUUGAACGAUAAUGGUAAUCUGUUUUAAGUGUAAUGGUACUGUAUUAAUAGCUCGGGUGAAAAGAUGUACUGUGGUAUUCCCUUUAUUUGCAAUGUUGCAUUCUGGGCAAAAGACACUUGAGACUAUUAAAUUUUUUCAGGUUAGAUAGAUCUCUUCAGUUGUUGCUUUCUUCCAUAAGCUAUUUAGUAGUGUGAAAGAGAAUAAAGAAAUAAAUUUAGGUUUUAACAUUUUGGCAAGCUAGUGAUUUAUAAUAAUUUUGCAGAGAUUAGAAGUGGGACUAAAAAAAGGGACUAAACUUACUAAAUAUGAAAUUUAUAUAGAGUAUCCUUAGAAACUUUACCCACAAAUUACAAACACUCUAUUUUGUAAAGAAAAAG